CGAGGAGCAAUACAUGUGACAGCAACACCUGCUUUGCAUUGAGAGCUUGAGAAAUGGGAAGGGCCUGCCUUCAUCUACUUGUGAUUCUAUUGGUCUCUUGUCACCUCAUCACCCCCUCCAAUGCUAUUCCUUCCACAAGGGUUCAAAAGCUGCUGCAGGAGAUUGGAGAUCUUCCAUCACUUGGUGAUACUUCAGAGAUAAACAUGGAAGAAGCCAUAUCAGAAGUUAUCAGUGGCAGGAUAGAUUUGCAGAUAAGCAACGACUAUCCGGGAUCUGGUGCUAACAAUCGCCACACUCCCAAGCCACCUGGAAGGACCUGAGACUUUUAAGAUGAUUUGUUUUUUGUUAGUCAGUGCUGUAACUAGUAGUAUCUUAUAAUCUAACAACUUAUUAGUACUGAAAUAGUUUAAUGGAAUGAAUGACCCGAAGCAAGAGUAGUUGCU